GCUUGCCACAUGCGUUUGUCCUGUUGCGAGCAUAGUAUGGUAGCCGGCCAGCAUGUGUUUACAUCUAGCGCAGCUAACAGUGUGACCCUCCGCAACAUGUUUAAAAUGUCGUAUUAUUAUAUGUGUGUACUCUUUUGUGUUGCCAAUGCAUUUAACUUAGAACCUAGGAUACCUGUUUUUAAAUUGGGGGACAAAGACUCUUAUUUUGGAUAUUCUGUGGCCGAACAUCAGAUUUUAAAUGAAGCAAGGAACUCCGUCCAAGAACAUGUUUUGUUGGUGGGAUCUCCCCGUGCUUCAACUAGUCAACCAGGUACAAACCAUUCCGGAGCUGUGUAUAGAUGUCCGAUUACCACGUGGUUCAAAGACUGCCAGCAAAUCAAUAUAGAAAACGAAGACGAUCCUCCCGAAGAAGAUGUCAUUAAAGAUGAUCAAUGGCUUGGAGUUACUGUGAAAAGUCAAGGUCCUGGAGGCUAUGUUUUGGCCUGUGCUCACCGUUACAUCAAAAAGGGUCCUGAUUACCAAUGGGGUCUUGGAAUCUGUUAUUCUCUCAGCCAGACUUUGGCCAACCAUAGGGAAUGGGAGCCUUGCCUCAACCGUCCAGUAGCAAAAGCACACGAGCAGUUUGGUUACUGCCAGGCUGGUACCAGUGCAGACAUAUCAGAAGAUCACAAGCUAAUAAUCGGUUCUCCCGGACCAUACACAUGGAGAGGAACAGUGUUUGUCAACAGUGUGAAAUUUGGCAUUAGGGACGAUAAAACGUGGUACUAUGGACCUCUUCUGGACGACGAUGCACCUAUUGACAAAUACAGUUAUUUAGGGAUGUCCGUCACUACUGGGAAAUUUUUUGGAAAUGAAACCAGUUUUGUCGGAGGAGCUCCCAGAGGUAACGGAACCGGUCAAGUUGUAUUUUACAAGAAGAAUAAAAUGGAAUCGACAUUUUCCACUGAAGUGGUUUUAGAUGGAGAACAAUUUGCAUCAUCUUACGGUUACUCAUUGGCAUCUAUGGAUAUAAAUAGUGAUGGGUAUUUAGAUCUUAUAGUUGGUGCACCUUUUUACUAUUCAAAGGGAAUUGGAGGUGCAGUUUAUAUUUAUAUGAACUCUGAAGAAGGCAUAACACCAGAAACAGAACCCUUAAAACUGACUGGAAAAUCCGAAUCGCAGUUUGGAUUUUCUCUGGCGUCUUUGGGUGAUUUGAAUAAAGAUGGCUAUCCAGAUCUAGCAAUUGGUGCUCCGUAUGAAGAGAAAGGAGUCGUUUACAUUUAUCUAGGAUCCGAAAAUGGACUUAUUACAGAGCCUUCGCAAGUGAUUAAAGUUGAAAAUCUCGCCAAAGAAGUUCGAUCGAGAAGGGAUUUGAGCACAUUUGGCUAUUCUUUGUCUGGCGGAAUUGAUUUAGAUAGCAAUGGUUAUCCGGAUCUUCUAGUUGGUGCUUACGGAAGUGAUAGUAUCAUAUUACUUAGAUCUAGACCGAUAAUAGACAUCAUAACCCAUGUCGAAGGAAAUAUUUCUAGCAUUGAUCCCAAACAAAAAGGAUGCCCCGAGGAUAAAAAUUCAUCUCUUGUUUGUUUUUCUUUCGAAGCCUGCUUCCAGUUCAAUUCAUCAGUACUUUCUCAUGGAACCUACAUCAAACUGCGAUACAGGAUAGAAGCCGAAACUUUUACUGGAAAGAAAUAUUACCGUGCCAAAUUCAAGGCUUCUUUAGAUUCGGAAACUCCUAAUAUUGUAGAAAAAGAACUUGUCAUUCGGGGAGUUUCACUGUAUGAUCCACACUGUUCCAGACAGCUUGUCUAUUUGAAAGAAAAAACAGAUAUUCAGACUCCUAUCAAAUUCAAAUUGACUUACACCUUAAUUCAAAAAGAACCUCGUAUGACGCCAGAAGGCAGCAAAUUGCCAGAUAUUAAUUUAUAUCCCAUCUUGAAUCAACAAGAGGCAUCCAAAGUUUUUGAGGCUAAAUUCCUCAAAGAUUGUGGAGACAAUGACAUCUGUGAAUCCGAUCUACAUGUGACUGCAGAAUUAAAUCUACCCAAGCAAGAAUCUGGUAUCCCUGUUUUAUACUUGGGAGAGCAACAAGUGAACCUUUCAAUUACUUUAUACAACCAUCAAGAACCGGCGUACGAUGCCUCGUUGUAUGUUUUUCAUCCUAACACUCUAAGCUAUAUUGGUCGGAAAGUUGUGAGAGGAGAGCCAGUUGAAUGUGUGCCUCACAACAGUACUGUUCUAAAAUGCGAAAUAGGGAAUCCAAUGAAUAAGGGCGAGGUGGAAUUUCAACUUCGAUUCAGCCCAAGGAAUGUUUCUGAUGAUGAAAAACGACUCAAAUUUACUUUGAAAGCCAAUACAACAAGCAUUGAACAAAAACCUGAAGAUGAUUUUGUGUUGGUUGCCGAUAUAGUGAGAGUAGCAGAAUUAGAACUUAGAGGUGUUUCUAAUCCUGAACAAGUGGUAUAUGGGGAACAUGUUGUUCCACAAGAAGAAAUGAAAACUGGUGAAGAUAUUGGCAGCCUCGUCAUACACACAUAUGAAUUGAUAAAUUAUGGCCCUUGGAAAGCAAAAGAAAUCGAAAUUCAUGUGAAAUGGCCUUAUCAAACCGAGACAUUCACUAAAAAUGGAAAGUGGUUGUUAUAUAUGAUGGAAACCCCAAAAGUGCAAGGUAAUGGAUAUUGUGUUGUUGAUCAAUAUAUUGUAAAUCCUCUUCAACUUCAGGUAAAAAGAGAAGAAGAUCAAUUCAUUAGAGAAUUUGAAGGUGAACAUGCUAAAUCUGAAGCUCGAGUCAAACGACAAGCUCCUGAAGAAAUUAGAUUGGAUCCCAGGACCCUCAAUAUAGCUACUAUGGAUUGUGAAGAAGGAACAGCAAAAUGUCAUUAUUUCAAAUGUUAUUUCCGAGAUCUUCAACCUGACAAAAAUGUUUUAAUAAGUAUAAGAGCAAGAUUAUGGAGUCAGACUUUUGUGGAGGAUUAUGCAACAGUUGAUAGAGUAGACAUUUUAUCUCGUGCUAGUAUUUACUUGGAUCCUCAACUGGAUAUUCGUCAGAAGACAGAUAAUGAUAAAGCUAUUGCUGUUACAAAAGCUUUGCCAGAUCUUCCUCUCUAUCAGAAGCCAGAAGAGGUUCCUUUAUGGAUAAUAAUUCUAGCUGUAUGUGGAGGCCUUCUUCUUCUUAUCCUUCUCAUAUUCUGUUUGUGGAAGCUUGGAUUCUUCAAGAGAAAGAAGCCAGGUUAUAUGCCAGCUGAAAUGCAUGAUAAAGAAUUACGUGAGAAGGAAUAUAAUGGCAUAUGAAGAGAUACAUAAACUUUGUCAUGAAGAAAUCUGUGAUUUUUUUUAAUUGAAUGACAUUAAAACUUGGGCCACACUAUCAAAGACUAUGCUACCAUUUUCAAGUUUUAACUCUACAGAAGUUAUCUGUGAUUGAAUUCCUUAAUGAUUUCAAGAUAAUAACAAUCAUUGGACAAAAUUUCAAUUAACUUGUACAUAUGUAUAAAGUUUUACAGAGGAGUUCUAUGUGGUGUUAAAAUUAAAUGCUUUCUUGGAAAAUUAUUGUGUUUUCUGUUGUUUUAUUUUAGACAUAUUUUGAAUCCUUGUACAAAACAAAAUUUUUGCUUAUGUUAAGUUGGUGACAUGUAUAUUCAUUGUUAAAUAUUGUGAAAUGUUUUUCCCAACUCGACUAUAAAUAUAGCUUUAAAAUAAUUAUUUUAUAAUGCAUCUAAAUUUAGUUAUUGCUUUUUUUAAAAAUAAUUUAACUUAAGAAAUUUUUAUUCAUUUGAACUGGAAGAAGAAAAAAUUUUUUUGCUCCUAGAUAAAUUAUUACUAUUUGUUAUUUUCACUUUAUAUAAAAAUGCACUUGUUUCAAAUGAAUACGAAGAUUUAAAAGUUAUUUCCACAUUUAUUCUAAAUCUGACUAGAAGAUAUACUGUAAUUGAGGUAAUAUAUUUUCUAAUUUGUGUAGUCUAUUUUAUAAAUUUAUAUUUGUUAAAUAUUUAUAUUCUUCGAGAUAUUUGCAUUUAUUUGCUUGGUGCAGAAGCAUAAUUGAUGAAUUUAAGCAAAAAUGCUAAAAAACAAUGAAAAUGCAUAUUGAAAAUGCUAGAUUAUAUUUCAAGCUUAUCUUUUUUAUUCUUUACAUUAAAGCUUAAUGUUUAAUAUUAUAAAUUACUUUAUAUUCAGCAUCUUGAAGUUAUGAUCUUUUCGAUGUUGUUUUCCCUAAGUGCGUAAUUAUUUGGCGUCAGUAUAUAACUAAUUAAGUUAAAAAUCAAUUAAUUAAUCCAUUUUUUAUCUAGUCAUAAAAUUUUAAUGCUUAGACUUUUCACCGAUGGCAAUUUUUUACAUCUUUAAAAUCGUUUUUUGUUAUUCAUGUUAAUAAUAAAUAUAAUAAUUUGUUAUGCUGAUAAUUUACUCAAAUAAAUUUUUUUUAUUUAUUCUGCACUGUUAACUCUGAAAUUCUCAACCUUUAACAAGUGCCAUUUUUAUGUCCAGGAUGAACCUGACAUUAAUUUCAAUUGUACUUAUUUUCCUGUUAAAAUGUUAUUCUCCGUAGCUGAAAUGAUGCACAUGCAUUCGAGUUCAUUGAAAUCAACAAAAUGAAUUCAUCAAAUAUCAAAUACGUUUAUAUAGUUAAAAACAAUAUAUUCAGGACCCUAUAAAUAAGUGUAAGAGAGUGUGUCCUCAUAAGACGUAAAACAUAAUAAUGGGGAAAGAGGAUUGUAUAGUCUUUUUUUUAUAUUUUUAUAAGACAACUUUUUAAAAAAAUUGAAUACAUAUUUUUAUUUAAAUUUAUUAAAUUUUUACAUAAUUCAUGAAUGCUUUUGACCAUAUCAAAUUUAAAGUGAAUAUUUAUACAUUAGAGAAAUAUUUGAAGUAUUUAUGCACUGAUUUCUGUUCAAUUUUAUUCUCAUUUAUUUUUCUCUAAUUGAAUGUGUAUUUAGAAACUAAUAUGCAUAUUUAUUUUGGCUUAAUUUCAAGAAUACUGAGCAUAACUAUAAUAAAUAAUUAAUAUAUUUAAAAAUAAUGAAAUAUUUUCAUGUCAUUAAAUUAUUAUUUAUUUCAUCAAAAUAAUCUGGCACUCAUGGAUGUAUUGAUUGUGUUUCCAAUUGCAUAACUUUUUGUGGAUCUGUCAUGAAUUUUAUUCCAAAUACUUUUUCAAGUAUUGUAAUCAUACUUAAUUAGAAAUAAAUAUUAAAAUUAUUGUAUCAAAAGCAAACAUAAAUAAACUAAUGAAUUUAAAUUAAAACUAUAAUAAUGAACUGUAAAUGUACUUAUGGCAUGCAUAUUCUCAGCAUAAUUACUUUGUCUACUUCAUUUAGGCACUUGUACCACUUAAUGAAUUUAAAUUAAUAAUGUCGACUAUGUACAUACUUGCAUUUUCGCAUCAAAUAAGCAUGGAUGAAUGAUGUCUUGUCUUCCUCCAUGCUUACAAAGAGCUUCAUCUUUCAGUUAUUUAUUGACAUACUGUGUUUGGAACCCAGUGAUUUGUACAUACAUUUCCCCUUAUUUGUAUCAUAUGAAAUGUGUUUUCUUAAUGUUCAUUAGUAUCAUUGCUUGCAUUAUAUAUCCUUUAUAAUUGUUACCUAAAUUGUUCAUUUAUUGAAAUUGUGCAAGUUGGUGUAUUUCGUUUAGUAGAGAAAUUUGUCAAUUAUGUUUGGUUGUGCUUGAAAUAUGAAAUUUAAUAAAGAUUGUAUGCUUGUGUAAAAA